AUGGACUUCGAAGAGCAAAGGCAAGAAGAACAUGCUGUAAGGCAUAUUUUGAGCGAAGAUUUGGGGGAAACUUUACGUGGAAGACAUGAUAUUGUUCCACCGCUUUUGACAAGGAGUGAGCAAGACAAAAGCUCUUUCCAGCAUAAUGAACGGUUUCAUGAAUACAACAUAAACAUUGCUGUUGACAUUGUAGACACCGACUAUCAAGAAGUCGAAAACAAAUUUGCCGAUUCAAUAGUUGAAAUUGAAGGCGCAAAAGUAUUCCCUUGCUCCAACUGUAGCAAAAUAUGUAAGUCGAAAGGCGGUCUAAUGAAGCACACCAACUCGAAACAUGGUGACCCACACAAAGUUUCAUCCCCUCUGAACACGGCACCUCUUUGUUUUGACACAAUAGAGUCGAUUGUGGAAACAAUUAAAAGCAAUAUUAUCACAGAAAAGCUUUAUGGAGAUGAAAUCAACAGCGUUGUAAAGAACAUUUCAGCGACCGAAGCAUUGUUAAAGGACGUCUUGCUUCUUUACACAAAAUUUUGCCAAAACAGGAACCAAGAUAAACUGCUCGAGUCAUUUUAUGGAUUGAUGCUAAAUUCAUCAAAACUUUUAAAUUGUUAA